AUGCGGACCACCAGUCUCCUUAUUGUUGCCGCCGCGGCCGCGGCCAACGCCGGGUACACAGAGAACAAUGGAAAGUACGUCUGUGGAAUGGCCAACGCCAACUACUGCCUGGGCGGCGACAUCAUCCUAAGAUGUGACGAGAGCGGCAACGGAACGCCUGGAAGAUGCUCAGACAACCUUUCCGGCGAUUUUCCUGCCGGUGGAGUUGCUAGCUGCUACGAGAAGCCUGGAUCUUACGGCAACGCUGCCUGUGAGAAGAACUGUGUUGUCUAUGCCGACACACCUUAUACUCUCCCCGCCGACUCGUGCCAGCCCAGCUACACCAGUACUUCAUCCGUCGAGUCUUCCACAACCGUCUACUCUCAACCGACUCCAGAGACUACCAAGCCAGUCUACUAUAACACUACAGUACCGGGAGAGCCUGGCCAGACGACCAAGCCCACAGAACCGGGACAGUACACGACCAAGUGUCUCACCUACACCUACCCUAACCCGACCAAGCACGGCGAGUCGGUGACCAGGACCAUCACCUAUACUGUACCGGCCUACCCUACCCAAAACGCUACCGCGACUUAUAAUCCGCCUCACACUUACACUACUUUCGUCCCUGUCCCCUCUGGUGGAUCACCUCUACCUCACCAUAACGGCACCUGCUCUACGUGCCACAAUGGAGGCUACGGUGAUGGCGGCAAGGGGAGCCCGACUGGGGCCGAGUCCGCGACCCGAGUUCCUGUCAGCCCUGCUUCAACCUCCAUCUCCGUCCUCGACACUGUCCCGAGCAGCGGCGCCUCAGCCAACGCCGUGAGCGGCUUGCUGGCCGUCGUCGGCAUCGCUGUCGCCUACCUCGUCUAA